UCUGUGGUGCAAAGGAUCGAGGAAAUAAAAGAGGGAAGAGGAUAGGAAACCUCAGCAGUGUGGAAGAAGGGAGAAGGAAAAGCAUGACAAGGAAGUGAAAGAUAUGGCACAACCACCACCACCGUUAGCCUCCACCCUUCUGUACGCAGCUGACAGCAUGUAGAGGAGUAAUAGAAGUACUGAGCGCAACUGUUUGUUCUGAUUUCCAGCUCUCCUUGUUCUUUUGUGAUAAUCCAGCAAGAGAGAUUCGGAGGGUUUUCUUGAGGUCUGUCUGCAGGGUGCUUCAGAUCGAUAUCCUUGUCUUACAAUUUUGGUUCUUUUCUUCUCCCAGAGAUCGAGAGGAGGGGGGGAGAGGGCAUGGUUGCAUGUUGGGUAGUGGGAACUUUUGUUUUGGUCGGAGUUGGACUAUCCGCUAAAAUUGGCAGAAGCCAAACCAAAGGCAUGAGGUGAGCAAGAAGAAACAAGAGGAAGAGCACCAUCAACAGCAAGUAAAAAGGGGGGGUGUUGCUGCUGGUGAUUUAAUUGUUGUUAUUUUAGCUUGUUUUAUGAGUUGAGAUGGCAUCAGCUUCUUCGUCGUCGCCCUUCUUUGGAGUCAGAGAGGACGAGCAUCACACCCAGGUGAUGCAACAACAGUCCUCUUCAGCACCGCCACCACAAGCCGCAGCGCCGGUGAAGAAGAGGCGGAGCCUUCCCGGAAAUCCAUAUCCGGAUGCGGAAGUUAUCGCGCUCUCUCCGAGGACGCUGCUGGCGACCAACCGCUUCAUCUGCGAGGUCUGCAACAAGGGGUUCCAGCGGGAGCAGAACCUGCAGCUGCACCGCCGCGGCCACAACCUGCCGUGGAAGCUCCGCCAGAAGACCACCAAGGAGGUGCGUCGCCGAGUGUACCUGUGCCCGGAGCCGACGUGCGUCCACCACGAGCCCUCUCGCGCCCUCGGCGACCUCACCGGCGUCAAGAAGCACUUCUGCCGCAAGCAUGGCGAGAAGAAGUGGAAGUGCGACAAGUGCUCCAAGCGCUACGCCGUCCAGUCCGACCUGAAGGCCCAUUCCAAGAUAUGCGGCACUCGGGAGUACCGCUGCGACUGCGGCACCCUCUUCUCGAGGCGUGACAGUUUCAUCACCCACCGAGCAUUCUGUGACGCCCUAGUGCAGGAGGGUGCGAGGCUUCCGACCGCCCUGAACACUCUCGGCGGCCACUUGUAUGGAAACAGCAACAUGGUUUUGGGAUCAGCUCAAGUGAGUCCACAGAUCACGUCGUUGCAUGACCAAAGUCGCCCCUCCACUGACCUCCUUCACCUCGGCCGAGCGGGUUCGUCUCAAUUCGAACACCUUAUCGCUCCAUCCAAACCUUUGUCCUUCGGCGCACCUCAGCCCCCUCCUUACUCCUCCCCGUUCUACCUCGGCGGCGGCGGCUCCGACAAAGGCAUCAAUGGGGACACCCCGUCGCACCACUCCUUGCUUCAGAGUAAGAACUUCCACGGUCUAAUGCAACUUCCUGACCUGCAAGGCAAUACCACUGGCUCUUCCUCGUCCUCUGCUGCAGCAGCUGCCGGUCUCUUCAACCUGGGCUUCUUCUCCAACGACAGCAACACAUGCAGCAACGCCAUGAAUAAGAACGUCCAGCCGAUGCCCGGGGAUCAAAUUUACGAUUCCAAUAGAAGCACUGAGCAAUCGACGCUCUUUGCCGGAAACCUUGUGGACGAACACAUGGCUGGAGGAAUAGCUUCUCGCUACAGCACCUUGAUUAAGAAUGAACCAGUGAUGCUCCCCCAGCAGCUGUCAGCCACAGCGUUGCUCCAAAAGGCAGCUCAAAUCGGUGCAACAUCCAGCGGGGGUUCUUCUUUACUUGGAGGCUUCGGUAGCUCUGCGUCUCCGGGUAAGACAGCGAACUACAGUGCCAGCUUUAGCGGCAGCCAUAGCAGUGUUGGAGAUGGAUUUCGAUCUCCAAUGGAAAACGAGACUCAGAUUCAGCACCUAAUGAACUCACUUGCCAGUGGAGGCAUGAAUGGCCUAUUUGGAAGCUCCACGGGGAUGGCAGCAUUCGAGGGCAGUUGCACCACCGCCGGGGGGCGCCAUGUACAAGAGAACACAGGGUUUGGCAGAUUCAAUGGAAACAUGCGUAACAUGAACGAGGGUAAGUAUAAUCUCUCGAGCACCGGAAACCUUGGAGGCUCCGACGGGCUCACCAGGGACUUCCUCGGGGUUGGUAGCAUGGUGAGGAGCAUGGGGCCCGGGAUCUCUCAGAGAGAGCAACAUCACGGCAUUAAUAUGAGCCCCUUGGAUCCCGAUAUGAGGUCGGGAUCCUCGAGCCGAUACUUCGCCGGUGGGAGCUUGCAGUAGAGAGGAAGGCAACAAAAACAAAAGGAAAGAUACGAAAGGAAAGAGAAGAGAAGCACAAGUUAAUGAGUAGGUAGGUGACUCAACAUGAUGAACAAUGUGCAAAUACAGAUGUGAGUUAUUCUAUGUUGAAGUUUUAUUAGCAUGAUAGGAUAUGUCAAACCUCGUUGCAUGUCUCUGGUCUCUUUACUUCAUAGCACUAGACUUCUCAUGCGUUGCUGGAAAACCUUCUUUCCUUUCUAACUUGUGGUGUGCCAUAUCUCUUGCAUUUUUCUCUUGUAGUGAACACCUCCUUUCUAUUUAA